AGUCUAGUCUCUACCGUACCGUACCAGCAGCAAACCGCCCGCCCCGCUCCGCUUCCCCCCCCAAAUCCAAUCCCCCCCCAACCCUAGCAUCGGAUCUGAUCCUCCUCCACUUCGUUCGUUCGUCCACGGUCUCCGCCAGUCGCCAUGGAGGACGAGGAACUUGUUGAUCAGAAGAAAUAUCUUGAGGAACGAUGCAAGCCACAGUGUGUAAAAUCGCUUUAUGAGUAUGAGAAAUGUGUCAAGAGAGUUGAGAGUGAUGAGACUGGUCACAAACACUGCACUGGGCAAUAUUUUGAUUACUGGUCAUGCAUUGACAAAUGUGUAGCACCAAAGCUCUUUAAGAAGCUCAAAUGAUAAAUGUGAUUCUACUUUGGAAGUGUUACAAACGAUGACGCUAAGCGACUUCUGACAUUGUGAAUCGGAUUUGCAUUACCUUGACACCUUUGGAAAGUGUCUGAGCUCGUAGAUCUUGCAAUAAAACAACAAAUUUCCUUUGCUGGCAUGUGUGUCUCUUUGGACUGUGCAUGGAUAAGUUGAUGAGUGAAUCUGGUGUCAAUCUUGCUCUUUUACGUGCUGUUUUGUGGGAAAACAUAUUAUCAAUUAGCUUUUCUGUGAGGAAAACUAUAUUUCGAGUGAACUGUAAAGAGAACGAACCUGAUCCUAUUCUAGUUUGGCUUCA